UCAGGAUAUUUACAGAUGGAGCUGUAUGUCCAGGAACAAGUAAACUUGAAGGUGAUCUUCAUGAUAUUUACAGAUGGAGCUGUAUGUCCAGGAACAGGAGGUGCAUUUGGUGGACCCUACCCUGGGUUUACAGAGCCAUCAGCUCCAGGAGAAUCUAACAAAGAACUUCUUGUUAAUACUCAUCUUACAGUCUUCAAGGAGCAGGUUGAAGCAGCCCAGGAAUUUGGACCAACUCUCGUAAAUUCUCAUUCUUUAAAGGAUUAUUUUACUGAAGAAAUGGCAGCUGAAUUCUUUUCAAAGGCCCUGGACUGGCAGGAAGAAAAGGGAUACAGGGUUCUGCAUGAGACUCAUCGGAAGAGGUUUCUGUACUCCCCGUGGGUUGCAAGAAGCUUUGUUCCUAAAUUCCCUGGUCUAGAGAUGGUUGGUGAUAUCUCCCAUUGGAUUAAUGUGUGUGAGACAAAUACUGAUGAUACUGAUCUUACUAAGGUUGUAGAGGAUCUAGCUACCAGGUUUACACAUGUCCACUGUAGAGUUGGGUAUGAUCAUGGCCCCCAAGUACCAGAUCCAAGGGUUAAAGAAUGGAUUGGAUAUAUGGAGGGACAUGAACGAUGGUGGGACAAAAUCUGGAUGGAGGCGGAUAAAAAGGGGGACAUGGAGGUCACCUUUACUCCAGAGCACGGACCUCCCAACUACCAGGUUUGUGACCCAAACACAAAAAAGCCCUUAUCAAGCAUAUGGGAUGUAAACCACUGGAUUGGACUCCGGAGACAAGAACGAUUUGCUGAAUUGUUCGGAGCUGAGAAUACUUCAAAACUUAUUCCUAGUUCUACCCAGGGAUUUGAGCCAAGGACUAAGCCUGGUCCAAGUAUUCUGGAAGGAAAGGAGAAUAUCAGUUUCAAGUAAUUUGUUCUUUUAUGUUUGUACAUUAGCAGGGUACAGUACUGUACAGUCCUGUAUGAAUUAUGUACGGUAUGUACUUGUAUCUAAAAGAUCGUAUCAUGAUGGUAAAAUAAAUUUUGAAAAAGAA